GCUGCCUCAUAUUAUUGUAACAAAAUGGGAUUUGAACCAUUUGGCUAUAAGGGACUGGAAACAGGAUCAAGAGAGGUGGUAUCGCAUGCGGUCAAACAGGACAAGGUAUGGUUUUCUGCCCCUACCCAUUCUAGGUAUCACUGUUAUGUUGCUGUCUCUGUUAUUGCAAUUGGCCUCGUACAUGAGCCUUACCAUAACCCAGAGCCCAGUUGUUUGAAGGCCCAAUUAGUGCCAACCCAAUGUUAAAUUCUAACCAGCUUUUUUUAUUCCUUCGUUUAAAAGCCUUUUGGGGAUAAUUUUCUGUAUCAUCCAAUAAUUAUAUUCUAUACAAAACCAAUUUGACUGAAUUUGACUUUAGAAGCUUUUAGAUCUGAAAUCAGACUUCACAGUAACCCUGGGUUAUCUUAACCCAGCUUUGAAUAACCUGGCUCAGAUGUCUAAAAUCAAAAUUUGAACAAACAUGGGCUGUUUGCAUAAAAGUGUCUCACAGAUUAACUAUGUCUAAGGCCAAUUACUAAGGAACUCAUCCUUUGCAUUUUCUUUCAGAUCAUAUUUGUUUUCAAGUCACCUCUUAAUCCUUCAGGAAAGAUAUCAGAAGGUAAAGUCCUCAGAAUUAAUCAAACGUGACAACAAUUUCAAUAUGGCUUUGACUUGAAAUUUUUUGUCUUAUUUAUUUUACUAUGAAGAAUAGGGCUCUGUUGCUUGAAAUAUAUGAUAUUUUUUGCCAUACAUUCAUGGCUGUAUGUGAUCUACCCAUAAUUUUUUUGUGUUAGUGAUGGGAAAACACCUGAUUGUACAUGGUGAUGGAGUGAAGGAUGUUGCUUUUGAAGUGGAGGACUGUAUUGCUCUUUACAAGGUGACCUGCAUGUAGCCAAGCUCAUCACAAAAUCUCUAUAGAUUAGCAGAAGAGGCACUGAUACGACUGCAAAAUGUGAAGGCCUGAAGUGCAAAUCAGUUCAUGGGGAGGCACAUUUUUUCUUGUCCCAUUCUCACAAUGAACAAAUCACAUAUAGUUAAACCUGUACUAAGUGGCAUGGUAUUCCGUGGUCACCCUGGAUUAACCCUUUAGCUGCCAGGGGUGAUUAACAUGUAGUUUCUCCCCAUGAUAUCCAAACAUUAUCCAACAAAAAGGUGUUGAGAAUACUAAAACUUGUUGGGUAGAAGUUGUUAUCUUGAUCAAACACCAAAUUCUCAUAACUAAUUUAAAAGGAAAUAUGUAGCAGCUAGAGGGAGAAUUAACAAUCAGAUGGGAGGGUUCAAUCAACAUUAGCACUCUGAGUUCAAAUGUCGACAACUCGUUGCAGAUUGUCUUUCUUCUUAAGAUUGUUAGGACAAAAUGGCAUUUUAUCUCAUUUGUUCUUAUUCUGUGGAACCUGUGUCAAAUCAGUUACAUCCUAAUAUCAUAACACAUCUUGUACAUACUGUUAUCUUUACUUUUCUCAUGGUAUUGGUAAGGAGAAUUUGUUUAGCAAUCAAGAGUGUCAUCAUUCGAUGAUCAUUUCUUUUAUUCUGAUGACUUUAGUGUUUGAUUCAGGGGUGAUAUUGUAAGGAGAAAUUAGAGUCUGGUCACUCUUAGGGGUUAAAAGGUUAAUGGUCAACCUGUAAUGAGUGUUCACCCACUAUUCCCCAUGGGUGACUGCUUAAUACAGGUUUAAUUAUAUUUAAGUUAUUGUUAUAAUUACUCUUUUGUUUGGUUUAUACAGGCUGCCAUUAAGCGUGGUGCAGUGUCUGUUCAUGAGCCAUGGGAUGAAACAGAUGAAGAUGGCACUGUGACUUUUGCAACUGUGCAGACAGUGAGUAAUUAUCUAUAACUAUUAAAUAUAGCUAUGGCAUUUUGUUUCUCCAGAGUCUUGAUUGGUUUAAGGGCUCAUAUUAGAGUUCCUAUUUCAUGGACCAAAAUUAUGGUCACAAACAAUUGUAAGAAAUUUUUUUUAUGUUUAUAGCAGAUCUUGAAAUAUUUCUUGAGCUGUUAUUUAAGAAUGGAUAGCAAUUAUUGUUCAACUCACACUUGUUGGGUAUGAUAUGGUUAACUCUCAAGAUCUCAUUAGUAAUUCUCCUUACUGUCUGCCAUACAAUUCUUUAGAUUUUAUUCAGAGAAUUUGGUAUUGGAUCAACCAAUAAUCUCCUAACUAAUAUUUUUCUUUAAUCUCGUCACUUGCCUGCUUGAUACUGUAUUGGUAUUGUGAAGAGAAAUUUUGUAAUGUCAAGUUGAAAGUUACUUUUUUAAAUUUGAUCUCUGUGAUAUCUGUUUGAUUGUAGUAUGGUGACACAACACACACAUUUGUUGAAAGAAAGGGAUUCAGUGGUCUCUUUCUACCUGGGUACAAGCCUCCAAUCACCAAAGAUUGCCUUCUACCCAAACUGUAAGUAUACCUUAAUUGUUCUGCACCAUUAGAAGCAAGUUUUUUUUUAAAGCUAUUCGCACAUGUCUUACAUGUAACUUAAAGAUUGUAAUUCUUGUGUUGAUGACUAUCCGUUUCUUCAACACGUACACUGUUCUUUAAGCUGACGUCAGUGGGAUGUCUUUCUUUUUAAGCAAGUUUGAGAUUGAUUCUUUAUAAUUCCAGAGAAAGGGUUUUUCUAAUUUUUAACAAGUUCAUCAAAUUGCACAACAACACAAAAAUGAGAGAAGAUGUGUUAAGUAUAUCACACAACAUCAUUAGCAGUAUUCUAUGUUCACUCUGCUCUUUGUUUCAUACAGUAUUUUUAGUCCUCUUAUAUCUUAUACAUCUCCUAGAAGCAUCAUCUUGAUUACCCACCCCUCCCCCCUGACCCCAGUCUAGGGCCUAGUUGUCCAAAGAGCAACUUGCACUAACCCAGGGUUAACCCUUCAACUCCCAUGAGUGACCAAGACAGAAUUUCUCCUUAUAAUGUCAAUUCAAUAUCAACCAGAUAAGUGAUGAGAAUAAAGAAAAAUAUCAAUUUGGGGAUUAUUAGUUGAUCCAGUACUUAAUUCUCUGAACUGACAUUAUAAGAGCUGUAUGGUUGACAGUAAAAAAGAAUUACAAAUUUGAUCUGGGAGUUAAAGGGCUAAAAAUUUACAUUUUGACUGGGGUUUCUUUAUUCCUUUCUUCAAAGGCCUUUUUCAGAUAAUUGCUCUAGUAUUCCUUUUAGAGUGUUUGGGCAUCAAAUUGUACACAAAAAUAGUUAAACAGAAUAAUCUUUCAAAGCUUUCAGAUCUGUGGUCAGAUUUCAGACUAACCCUUGGUUAUCUUAACCUAGCUUUGAACAACCCACCACAGAACUUUAAUUUUCCAACAAACACCUUCUUUCAUAGGGGUUAGAUAAGUCAAGCCAAAAAUCCUAAUGUGGAAACUAAAUUCUCAAUAUCUCCUGGAAUAACAGAUCCUUUUUUAAAACCAAGGCAAUUCAUCGCUAAUCAAUGUUUCAAUUAAAUAUGCACCCUAAAUGUUGAUAAUGGUAGUAGGACUGAGUGGUAUCCAAUUCGAUGUGUAACCAUACGAGUACUUCACAAAAUCUGACAACAGUGAAGCAAGAGUCCAAUUUGUCAAUCUCAAGUAUGAGUAUGGACAUAUUUGAAUGACACAAAGUGUCGUUACCAAUUAAUCAAAUCUAGGACAAAAUGUGAGAAAGAAGCUAGACAUUGGUUGUAUGUCUUCAUAAAAAUCAGCUGUUAAUGCGGCAAAAUGCAUGACAACAGAGCAUGGACACGAUGGGUACUGUCCACUUACACAGGCAUCAUGUCAAUUGUCUUAUAUUACACUGUCCAAUUAAAAGCAUGACACAUACACUGUCUUAUUCCUUUAACUACCAUGAGUGACCAAGACAGAAUUUCUCCUUACAAUAUCAAUACAAUGUCAACCAGAUAAGUGAUGAGAAUUAAGAAAAAUAUCAAUUUGGGGAUAAUUAGUUGAUUCAGUACUAAAUUCUCUGAACUAACAUGAUAAGAAAUGUAUGGUUGACAGAAAGGAGAAUUACAAAUUUGAUCUGGGAGUCAAAGGGUUAUUAGUGCUCAAAUCAAGCUGGUGAUAACCAUUCACAUACUUUAGGUAAACUUUGUUAUAGUUUUGAUUGAAGGUGUAACUGUUCUUCUCAUAUUUCUUAGACCACCAGGCCUUCUUUGUUUUAUUGAUCAUGUUGUUGGUAACCAGCCAGAGGAUGGUAUGGUGUCCACUGCUGAAUGGUAAGUCCAGUGUAAUAAAGAUGAAAAUUACAGUGAUUAAUCCUUUAACUUCCAUGAGUGACCAAGACAGGAUUUUUCCUCACAAUAUCAAUACAACAUCAAGCAGACAAGUGACGAGAAUAAAGAAAAAUAUGAAUUAGGGGGUUGCAAGUUGAUCCAAUAUCAAAUUCUCCAAAUUGACAUCACAAGAACUGUAUGGCAAACAGGAGGGAGAAUUACUAAUGAGGUCUUGGGAGUUAAAGGUUUAAUGGGGAAAUUAACAACUGCAUCACUAAUUGGAGGUUGGGUGCCUGAAACAUCCAGGAGCUUCCCCUAUUGGCAGCCAGCUCCUAUAUGGAAACUUCUCCCAUGGCUGGCAAAUCCUGGCAACCAGGCCAUGAGGCCUCACAAAGGAAAUGGGAACAGGCACCUGUCACACUGAAUAAACAGUGGAAAGAGGGAGGGAAGGAGUGGGGAAAACUGCCUGGAUGAAGAGCUGCCACUCCUCACAACACUACAAGUACAUGCUCAAAGUACACACUCAAAGUACAUGCAAGAAUGCCUCCAACGAAGAUUGCAUGGAAUUCCGGUGCAUGCGCAUAUGUGAAAAACUGCUAACCAUUAGAAAACUCUGAUGCUCUUUGUUGUUAACUCUGUUAGAUUGCAUUUAACUGCACGAAAUUCGAGACUGACAACUGACCAUUUAAUACAGGGUGACUGCUAAAUACAUUGCCACCUAAUACAGGUUUGACUGUACUUUGGUGUAGGUAAUAUGACACACAGUUGAAAGCACUUUUAUAAGUUCAACAAGCAACAGAGAAAUGAGAAUAAACAAAUCAAACCAUGGAUGGUGGUAAUGGAUGGGAUAGGUUGGACUGAUCAAAUGUAGACAAACAUUUUUAAGAUGCAUAAGUCUGUGUUAGAACCCUGUUGUGCUGCCUCAUCCUCAAUCCUUCCCUUCUCCUUCACAGAUUAAAUUACUGAUUAACACCUUCACUCCUAGGAUCUUUUAUGAAAUUCUCCUUACUGUCUGCCAUACCAUAUGAUAUGAGUUUGGAGAAUUUGGUAUUGGAUCAACUAAUAAUCCCCUAAUUAAUGUUCGCCUUUAUUCUUAAUGCUAUGAAUGGAGAAAUUCUGCCUUGGUCACUUGUGGGAGUUAAAGGGUUAAUAAACAUAUAUUAAGUCCUUAAAUUGUUGUUUUUCUCUGUAAAAUUUAUACUCUGUUGGUCUCUGAAGGUAUGAGAAGAAUUUACAGUUUCACAGGUUUUGGUCUGUUGAUGAUAAACAGGUAUGUUACUUGUUACAAACAGACUCCACUUUCCUUCUUUCUGUUCAGAUUUAUAGCUCAGAUGUUGAGAAAGAUGUUUUUUGUCAUGUCACGAGUGUGGGAGUCCCCAUGAGGAAUCAAACCUCAGACCUUUGGAUUCCGCUUUCCAAUGCUCUACCACUGAGCCACAGAGACUCUACGGUGAGCGAGGUCUAUUACAAAGUUCACAUGACAUGCAUCCUAAUACUGCAAGGAUCAGCAAUGCCGAUAGCAUUAUGUUUGUAAUUAGAUUAAAAGAGAUGGUAAGUUUUGAGUUCAGUAUGGAAAUAGAGAAAGAUGUUUUUUUGUCUUGUCACGAGCAUGGGAAAAAAGGAAAAAAUUCUGAGACCCCAUGAGGAAUUGAAUAUCAGACCUUUGGAUUCCUGAGUGACUAAGAAAUAAAUUCUAGUAACAAUUUUAUUUAAAUGUCAAAUAGAGAUGCAGAGAGAAGUGAGAAAAUCAUCAACUAGAAACUGGUCUUUGGAUAGAACUCCAAAUUCUCAGGAAUAGGCAACAAAGGUUUUUGUGUCACGAGUUAGAAGAAUUAACUUUCAUAUCUUGGGAAUGAAAAGGUUAAUCGCUAAACCAAGAAAAAUCUUGGGAUUAUUUUUAGUUCGAAACUGUCCACUAUGUUGGUCGACGAACACAUAAUUCCAGCAAUGCUGAUGGGUAUAUAUUCACUUCAUUGUGUAGACCCUACACCAAUCUUUUGUUGUUUAGAUUAAUACAGAGUACAGUGCACUUCGAUCAAUUGUGGUCACAAACUGGGAAGAGACAAUUAAGUUGCCUAUCAAUGAACCAGCCCCAGGAAAAAGAAAGAGCCAGAUACAGGUAUGUACAUGAUUAUGGACCACGCAUUAGGUCAUGAUAUAUAUGUUAUUCACCAGACGGGAGGUCUGUAUUGGGAAAAACUGUGCCCAAGGCUGUAGGCCUCAGCAGAACACAAGACACCGGGCACAGUUUUUCCCAAUAUGGACCGACCUUGGCUGGUGAAUAACAUUUUUAUUCUUUUCUAAAACCUAACAAAUGGUUGCGAAAAGAACCUGACCCGCUGUAAGUGGGCCGGAUGGGGAGAAUACUGCCCGCUCUUGGAACCAAUCAGAUUGCAGGAUUUGUAGAAUACCACCUGCUCAUGCACUGAGAAAAAAAUAGAACUAGAUAUUUGCCAAGUUAUUAUUAUUUUUUUUUUAUUUAUUUUUUUUUAUUUUUGCAUUUGUUUUUUGUGCAAUGAGACUUGGUCAGCUUCCAUAAAAGCACAAGAAAAUAUCCAGCCACUUUGACAGCACAAGCAUGAUAAAUGAAAUAAUUAUUUCAUGACCAGGGGAUCCAGCAAAGGAAUUGAACUUUACAGGGAAAUGUAGGCAAUGCCAACCAUAUCAAUGAUAUUCUAUUUCACUACACUUCCAUUCAUACUCUGUUUAAUAACCAAUGUCUAGUUUUCCUCUCAAAUUUUGUCAUAGUUUUGAUUAAUUGGUAACAGAACUUCAUGUUGUCCAAUUCUGUCAGUAAUCAUAUUUGUGAUUAACAAAUCAGACUCCUGCUUCUCAGUCAUCCGAUUUUGUUAAUCACUCCUAUGAUCACAGACCAAAUUGGACUCUACUUGGUCCUAUUACCAUUAUGAAUUACUGGUAAGAUAUGGGAAUAAUGGUUAACCAAAAGACUGGGCAAAGCUGGAACAGUCCUCUGUUUCUCGGUGCUUUGCUGGAAAAACUAAGUGUGAAUGGAGUAGACUAAUUUCUUGGUAUUUCCCAGAACCUCUUUUGCAAGCAGUGCUAAGCAUGCUCAUGUAACUAAUAUGACAAUAUACAUGAAAAAAACUAUGCUAAUCUGAUAGGCUGAAAGUGAGUACAUUUUUCAUGUCAAAAAAUUUGUUCAUCAUGAUUCUAUGUAAUGCAAUUUCAAUUGUCUUUUGAAAAUUUAGUUGUGCUUAUUUACACCAAAUUGCACUCGAAAUCAUGAUGUUACCUUUACAAACUGCGUUGUUGUUGCAUAAUUCAACUUUGCAUAGCAUUAUGAGCAUGGUGACUAAACCUAGUCAAUGCACAAAAUUCAUGUUGUCAUUUGGUCUUUAUUUGUGAUACUCAUCUUGCUUCAGGAGUAUGUCGACUUCUACGGAACAGCAGGAGUUCAACACAUUGCACUCAACACAUCUGAUAUCAUCUCUACUGUAAGUGACAACCUGAAUCAUUAACUUUACCAGAUUGUACGUUUUGUGACGUGAAGUUACUUUUUUUUCAGAUAAGGAAUCUAAAGGAGAGAGGCAUGGAUUUUCUCGUUAUUCCUGAUACAUAUUAUGAAAAUCUUCGUGCACGUCUUAAGGAUGCACCCAUUAAGGUGGAGGAAGACCUGGAUGUGGUAAGAUAUUUUAACUUGGACCCUUGGACAGUUGAGGGGAAUUUUAGUGGGGAUCAGCUACAUGCACCAAGGCUUUCAAACUCUGGCUGCAUCAAACCUUUAACUCCCAUGAGUGACCAACACAUAAUUUUUCCUUACAAUUUUAGUGCAGUAUCAAGCAGACAAGUAAUGAGAAGAAAAAAAAUUCAAUUAAAGGAUUAUUUGUUGAUUCAAUACCAAAUUCUCCAAUUCACAUCAUAAGAAUGGUAUGGAGCACUAUACGCGUCAAGUUUCUCCGGUCAGCUGCACAAAUUUUUAGUAAGCUCUGUUUAAAUAUGAUUUUUUUCGUGUUCUAGCUUCAAGAUCUGAAGAUUUUGGUCGAUUUUGAUGACAAAGGUUACCUGCUGCAGAUUUUCACAAAACCAAUGCAAGACAGACCAACGCUCUUCUUAGAAGUCAUACAGAGGCGCAAUCACCAGGUGAGAGAGAGAGGGGGGUGGUAUGUGGUGGUGGAGUCCCUGAUGAGGAGUGUACUGUUUUAUUGUUAAGGAUGGAUCGUCUUUCGAUUGGUGCGAGGGGACAGCUGGAAAUUAAACUAAAGCAACUUCAACUGAUUGUCGUUAAUUCUGGGGCAAGGACAUUCCAACCACUAAAAAGAUCAAAGCCAGUGAGUUUUCAAAGUGAAGGUGUGAAGAAAGCGCGGGUGACCAAGUCGUGAUUGGUGUCUGCGUUGCUUCCGAUUGGUUGAGAGGGUGACAUGCGAUUUCUAAAAACCAAUCACAGAGCGAAGCAUAACAAACGCAAUGCAAUCCAGGAUCACGUUAGACUAUCGAUGGAAAACUGCCCUAUGAAGAGCUGCUCGUUCUGCGAAGAGCUCCUCGUUCUAUGAAGAGCUGCUCGUUGUCUGAAAACUUUCUUCUGGUUUUGAAUCGUCUUUCCCUCUUAUAAACAUAGAAUGGCUUGAAAGUGGGCAAUAUUAAAGUUGCAAACUGUCGUUGGUAUAUCAAAAUGAUAAAUUUAAUUUUUCAGAUGAAUAUGCAACAGACUGAAUCUCUUUUUUUUCUUCUUUUUUUCUCUUCUUGUUGUGCAGGGCUUUGGAGCCGGUAACUUCAAGUCGCUUUUUGAAGCCAUAGAGUUGGAUCAAGAACAAAGGGGAAAUCUCAACUAA